AUGAGCCACCAGAGAAUACUUGUGCUGCUUAUGGCUGCCUUCUUUGCUUGGGUUUCAGCACAAACAACCCCUAGCCAAGCCGACAGGUCGAAGAUGAUUGAUCCCGAUGUGCUCGUGAAGACCACGUCACAGUCAAAAACCACAAUUGAUACUUCAUCCAACCGAUUUUUAAGGUUCCUCGACGCAGAAAUUCAAGAUACAGCUCGUGGUGAUAAUGAUGUAGACCACGAGGAUAGAGGGAAUACGCCGUCGCUGUCGAAGUUCGACGAUCUGAUACACAAAGUAUUUAAAUCCAAUCCGGAGAAAGCGCAAAUCGAGGCGUGGAUACAGUCUCGAGUGCACCCUCAAGCGCUUUUUGAUACCUUGCGUCUUGGAAAGAGUACGACGAAGCUGGACAAUGAUCCGAAUCUCCUCCUUUGGUUUAAGCUCGUUGCUGCUUUUAGAGCUAAGAAUGGCAACCAGGCGUUUUCGGAUCUGGAUCUCUACUACUUGCUACUGAAGAGAAACAGUGCCGAAGAACUGAAAAUACUUUUCGAAUCUUUCCUGAAGACUGAAGGCUUGAAGGAUCUUGGCAAAAGUAUGCAAAACUCGCUAUCUGGUUCUUGGAUGUCAAAAACCUUAAAACACGAAACAAGCCCAAAAAUCGUUUACGAUACCUUACGUCUUCAAGAGGCUGGCACGAAAUUAAGUGAUUCGCCAAUCUUUCAUCAGUGGCUGUCCUACGUGCAGAAGUAUCGGGCGCAGGAGCGGAAUCACUGGUUCGGAGACCGCGAAAUGCUCGACCUGUUUCGAAAGACCAUCGAGGAAGACGACGUAGAACACUGCUAUAUUUACUUCAAAACGUCCCGGGCAUGA